CCAUGACUACCAAAGAUUAUCCAUCAUUAUGGGGCUUUGGAACAACAAAAACAUUUAAAAUUCCUGUUGAACACUUGGAUUUCAAGUAUAUUGAAAAAUGUUCAGAUGUUAAACACUUAGAAAAAAUUCUUUGUGUACUCAGGUCUGGUGAGGAAGGAUAUUAUCCUGAACUUACGGAAUUUUGUGAAAAGCGCCUUAAAGGCUUGGCUCCUGGAAGUAGAGCUUUGAGGAAAGAUAAACCUGCAGCAACAGCAUCCAGUUUUACAGCAGAAGAAUGGGAAAAAAUUGACGGUGAUAUAAAGAGUUGGGUAUCAGAAAUUAAAAAUGAAGAAAAUAAAAUACACUUUCACGAAACAGCAACAGAAGAUAAUUUGCCUCCAGUUCGUGGUUCAAACAGCCGUCUUCAUGUUAGUAAGGAAAACUAUUCUAAGAGUAGACCAACAAAAAAGAAAAUCCCAAGGGAUUAUGCAGAAUGGGAUAAAUUUGACGUGGAAAAAGAAUGUUCAAAAAUUGAUGAAGAUUACAAAGAAAAAGUUGUAGUAAACAACAAGUCACAUUUGUCUAAAAUUGAGACAAGAAUAGACACAGCAGGUCUAACUGAGAAGGAAAAGACUUUCCUUGCUACUCGUGAAAAGGAAAAAGGAAAUGAAGCUUUCAACUCAGGAGAUUACGAGGAGGCUGUGAUGUAUUAUACUAGGAGUAUAUCAGUGCUUCCCACCGUAGCGGCCUAUAACAACCGGGCUCAAGCAGAACUCAAGCUACAGAACUGGAACAGUGCUUUUCAGGAUUGUGAAAAGGUGUUGGAGUUAGAACCUGGAAACUUAAAGGCUCUUCUGCGCCGUGCCACUACAUAUAAACAUCAAAACAAGCUCCAGGAAGCUAUAGAAGAUUUGAAUAAAGUACUGAAUGUUGAACCUGAUAAUGAGUUGGCCAAAAAGACCUUGUUGGAUGUUGAGAGAGACCUGAAAAAUUCUAAACCUGCAUCUAAGACUCAAACCAAAGGGAAGAGAAUGGUAAUCCAGGAAGUAGAAAACUCAGAGGAUGAAGGUGGGAAGGACAGCGGAAGAAAACAUGAACAUGGCAGCGGAGAUAAGAAGGCCGCGGAGCCGGCGGGAGCCGGGAGCGCCGCCGAGCCGCGCGCCAUGGGCAACAUCCAGAAGAAGCUGACCGGCAAGAGCGAGGGCGGCAAGCGUUCGGAGAGGGGCGCCCCGCGGCGCGGUCGGACGCCUGGGGCCGGCUCGGACAAGGGGAGCCGACCGCGUGCCCCGGCGGCGGCGGCGGCGGAGGGCGGCACCAACCGGCCCCCGGGCGGCGGGCGGGACGCGGGGGACCCCGCCGCCGCCACAGCGCCCGCGGCCCCCGCCUCCCCGCUCGGCCCAGCCGGCCUGAAGAACCAGGGCAACGAGCUGUUCAAAAGCGGGCAGUUCCCGGAGGCGGCCCUCAAAUACUCUGCGGCGAUCGCGCAGCUGGAGCCUGCAGGAAGUGCAAGUGCAGAUGAUCUAAGUACCUUAUAUUCAAAUAGAGCGGCGUGUUACCUAAAGGAAGGAAACUGCGGCGGCUGCAUUCAAGAUUGUAACAGGGCUCUGGAACUUCAUCCAUUCGCCAUCAAACCUCUUCUUCGACGAGCAAUGGCCUAUGAAACUUUAGAGCAGUAUCAGAAAGCUUAUGUGGAUUAUAAAACUGUAUUGCAAGUGGACUGCACAAUCCAGCUAGCGAAUGACAGUAUUAACAGGAUAACAAGAAUGUUAAUGAAUCUGGACGGACCCAGCUGGCGGGAGAAGCUGUCACCUAUUCCUGUUGCGCCCGCUUCUGCACAUUUACCAGCUUGGCAGCCUGCCACCGAGACACCCCCAGAGCGAGUGGAAGCGCCCUGCAGCGGUCCCCAGCCUGCCAUCACAGAUGAAAAAAUGUUUAAAACCCUUAAAGAAGAAGGAAAUCAAUGUGUAAAGGACAAAAACUAUAAAGAUGCCCUUAGUAAAUACAGUGAAUGCUUAAAGAUUAACAACAAGGAAUGUGCCAUUUAUACAAACAGAGCUCUGUGUUACUUGAAGCUGUGCCAGUUUGAAGAGGCAAAGCAGGACUGUGAUCGGGCGCUUCAGAUAGAUAACGGGAAUGUGAAGGCGUGCUACAGACGAGCCCUGGCUCAUAAAGGACUCAAGGAUUAUCAGAAAAGUUUAAACGAUCUGAAUAAAGUUCUGCUGCUGGAUUCAAGUAUUAUUGAGGCAAAGAUGGAACUGGAAGAGGUAACCAGAUUCCUUAACAUUAAGGAUAAUGCAUCAUUCAGCAAAGAAAAAGAGAGAAGGAAAAUUGAAAUUCAAGAGGUGAGCGAAGGCCAUGAAGAAGAGCCAGAUGGGACCUCUGCGGAGGUGGCCGGUGACUGCCUUGCCUCUGGGAAGGGGGACGCAACCAGCGGGCCACCAGCACACUGUGAAACACUCCUGAUCGCCAGGCCUAACAAUGCCUAUGAAUUUGGUCAGGUUAUAAAGGCCAUCAGCACAAGGAACGAUAAAGAGGCCUGUGCACACCUUUUAGCCGUCACUGAACCAAAAGAUUUGCCAGCAUUGUUGACUAACAAACUUGAAGGGGAUACAUUCCUCCUCCUCAUUCAGUCUCUGAAAAAUCAUCUUAUUGAUACGGAUCCUUCAUUGGUGUAUCAGCAUCUUUUAUAUCUGAGUACAGCAGAAAGGUUCAAGAUGAUGUUGACACUAAUUAGCAAGGGCCAAAAGGAGCAAAUUGAACAGCUCUUUGAUGACCUCUCAGAUACUCCAAACAAACAUUAUACUUUAGAAGAUGUACAGGCCCUAAGAAAGAAGUAUGAGCUUUAAAUCAGGCUACUGUUCGAUUUCUUCCACGCAUGUAUGAGUUCCGGUGGUGCUAAUGGGAUGAUACUGUAAUAGCGUUGCAUGGAUAAAACCUGGUUCAGAAAAGAUCCUUUGGUCUGGACUAUAUUUUACGUACUUUUAUAUAUAGAACAUGUAUAUUCUACAAUAUGCUUUUUAUUAGUUGUAAAUAUUUUCCUACAUUCCAGAGCUAACAUCUUUAUAUUUAAUAAUAAGUAUAUUGGGAACUUGUUAAAGUACAUUUUAAUUUAUAUUCUACAUUUUCUUUUAAUCGUUAAAAUCUGACAUUUCUUCGGGCUAUAAAGGAUUCCUCUUAAGUUUGAUAGAAAUGUAUUUAAAAGUGAAAAUCAUUAAUGGUGAUUGUUAUAUCACCUUUGUUUCCUGCUAUGAUAUAUAUACUAUUUUAUACUACUUGUGGAUUACAGUCUGUUGAGGUGAAAUGUAACACUUAAAUCUUAUAAUAUGAAAUGAUUAUUAAAUUGUGAUUAUUAGAGCUAUAAGAGGAACUUUUUUCUUACAUGGAAAUAUUGCCUAAUUAAAAAUUGGCAAAAAUUUCUACUAAUUUUUACUACAUUUUAAAAAGCUGUUUCCCAACAACUGUAUAAAAGCAGACUAAGCCUGCGUGGUCACCUCCGCAUUUUCCCCAACGUUUAGGUGUCAUCUUCACCCUUUCCCCCCCCCCUCCUUUAAGCAUGACCACAUUUAUUCCCUUAAUGGAAGAGGGAAAGUGAAGUAAUCUUAUUAAAAAGUCUCCUUUGUUAACUGGGUCAAAGUAAAGGUAUUUCUUACAAUAAAACAUUCAGGUCUCU